UAUUGUUGGCAUCACACUCUCACUUGAGUGCACACGUUGACAGACUCAGGGCAACCUGUUUUGCGUCCACGUCCUUCAGCAUGGAUCCUUCUGAGGAACAUGUGUAUGAGAACCCAGAGAUCAUCUACCAGAACCAGACAUCAGAUAUAUAUGAGAUGCCUUCCGAUGAACCCUCAAGCCAAACAGCAGAGUACCAAAACACUGGAUGGGCCUUUGGAAGAAUCCCGAACCCCCCUUUGUUUCCAGCACCCCCUCUUCCUAGCAAGGAAUGCUGCGAAAAUUUUUCCUCUUCAUCAUGUUCAUCUUCAGAUGCUGACAACGAAGAGAAGAAGGACAACACCUGCUGUAGUGAGGCAAAGACGGAAGCUGUAGAGAGUAGCCAACAGUCACACGGGGGGAGUGCAUCUCCAAAGAUGGAGGUGGACUGUGGGAACUUGGUACGCAAAGCCUCAUCAUCAUCAUCAUCAUCUUCAUCUGGAUCUGAGCGAGAGGGACCCAACUUGAACUCAGAGCCUGAGAAGGACAAAACUAAAGUCACCCUGUUUGCUAAGGCUGGGAGUGAUGGAGAAAGCAUUGGAAAUUGUCCAUUCUCACAACGACUUUUCAUGGUCCUCUGGCUGAAAGGUGUGGUCUUCAAUGUCACCACAGUUGACCUCAAAAGGAAACCAGCUGACCUUCACAACCUGGCCCCAGGGACACACCCACCCUUUCUUACAUUCCAGGAUGAGGUGCUGACUGAUGUCAAUAAAAUAGAGGAGUAUUUGGAGGAAAUGCUGGCCCCACCCAAGUAUCCAAAACUUGCAGUGAAGAACCGUCAGUCCAACACAGCGGGAAACGAUGUGUUUGCCAAGUUCUCAGCUUACAUUAAAAACGCAAGUCCAAACAAGAAUAAGGCAUUAGAGCAGAGUCUCAACAAGGCUCUGGUAAAACUGGACGAGUACCUGUUGAGCCCGCUACCCAACGAGAGUCACCUCGUCGAUGGAGAAUCUACACGCAAAUACCUGGAUGGUGAUGAGCUGACGCUAGCUGACUGCAACCUCCUUCCCAAACUUCAUGUUGUCAAGGUCGUGGCGAAGAAAUACCGCAAUUAUGACAUCCCCUCCCAGUAUAGAGGCGUGUGGCGUUACCUCGACAACGCUUACAGGAGAGAUGAAUUCACCAACACGUGUGCAGCCGAUGUGGAAAUUGAGCUAGCCUAUAAGGACGUUGCUAAAACACUUGGGAAACGAGUUGCCUAAAUCUGUCAUAGUGUUUAAAAAUGAAAAAAAAAAGAUUAAUUGUGCAUCGAAGAUGUUCCAUUGUUGGAAUUAACUUUUAACUGCGUCUAAAAACAGAUGAACUUGCAAGUCUGAUACCAUGUUAUUUCUUGGAUGAAAAUACGUUCAAUUCUUGGUUUCCCAAGAUCAAAUCAAUCGAGACAUGGCUAGAUUAUUUUUGUGAAUGAACCCAUUAUUUCGGGGAUUGUGAAGGUUGUUUUAUAAUUUAGCAAGAUGGAACCGUGAGUAUUAAAUGAUAACAUGCUUGGGCCAAUGUAGCCUUAAUUUUCAUGAGGAACACUUUGUUCAGGAUAUUUUGUUUCUUGGUCUUCAGAUGGAAUGACUUCUACUUGUAAAAUCCCAAUCUACACUUUGAUAGUUGACAUACUCGGCUGUAACAGCCACCUCUAAGUUUGUAUUUAAACGAAUAAAUCGGUUAAACAUUUACACACGCUCAAAUAAACAAGUAGUUUUAGUGUGUGCUCUCACUGCAUCAGAUUGUAUUCCUUUUUUUCUGGCAGGACAUAAAAGUUCCCUCUUUCUAUCGUACAUCAAAUUAUUAUAUAUUGAUACAUGAAUGUAAAUUUUGCAUGUCUUAACCUCUGUGUGACAACAGUAACACAAAUGACUGUAGCGAAAUGCUUGUAGAUCCUUUUUCAUGAAAACUGCAGAAUGCAA